AUGUACGCCGGCCAGCGAGGAGCCACGUUAUUUGUGACAGACACCUUUGUCCAGCCUGCUCGGGACAGCGGCCGAGCGCUGCUGAGCAUCCCCGCUGCUGCCCCAGGUCGCCUCCCUCUCCUGAAAUUUGUAGAAAACAAAGAUUUGCAAAUAGAACGAGAGAGGACCGUGUAUAAUAUUUCUGGCGGCUGCACAGCCCUUGUGGUGGUGUAUUUAUUGGGGAAGCUUUAUGUGGCAAAUGCUGGUGAUAGCAGGGCUAUAAUAAUCCGAAAUGGUGAAGUCAUUCCAAUGUCUUCAGAAUUCACUCCAGAGACUGAACGCCAGCGACUUCAGUAUCUGGCUUACAUGCAGCCCCACUUGCUGGGAAAUGAGUUCACACAUUUAGAGUUUCCACGGAGGGUGCAGCGCAAGGAAGUUGGAAAGAGGAUGCUCUACCGUGACUUCAACAUGACCGGCUGGUAA